AUGAUGAGCAGCUUUGUGAUUAAAAGGGCGUACACGAGUGAACGUGAGUGUAAAAAAAUACAUAAAUAUAUGAGUAUAGGAAUUGACCGUAAAUCCAGGCUUCCCAUCAGUACGUGUGCAAGGAAAUUUGGCAAUAGCGAGCUGGUCAGGAUCAGUCAGAAAUUGUUCCUACAUAACAAUACACGACGGAGAAGAUCUUCUAGAAGAAACUUCGCCAGGGUGAUAUGUUAUAAUUUUAAAAGAGGAGGUGCCACGGACGUGUGCAGCGCGCAGGAUAGUGAGGCACGCGCGUGGCGUAGAGUAAUUAAGGGGAGUAAAUUGGACAACGGAGAAGAGGCGAAGCAGGUGGGAAACGCCCCAAUUGUAAACACACACGUGAGAUCAGGGAUAAUUGGAGAAGAGGGAACCCGCAGCACAACACCCCCAAAUGUACUGAACCAUAAAAACAUUUUAAGUAACUGGAGUAAGUGGGGCAGUACAGGGAUUUGGUCAUCUAGUAAAAUGAAAAAAAUAAAAUUUCGGAGCUUCACGCAAAUCGUUGCCGUAUCGAUAAAAAAAGACAAGUACGUGAAAUUUUCUCGAUUAAAUCUGAGCGAAUUGCUAACUUGUAUACAUGGAAAUUUGUCAGAGGAGAGCGACGUAAAAACGUGGAACAGCAUAUUUUUGCAGGUAGACAAAUUGGUGUCCAAAAAAGGCGGGGGAGACGAGUAUAAAGCAGAAUUGAACGCCUUUUUCGAUAAGCUCACGAAUAUGGAGUACUACGCUGUGCUUCAUCAUCUGAAGGAUGUGGACGAAAGCGUGAAAAAUAAUAUUUUAAAUGGCGCCUUUUUUGAGUGCCUCGUGUUGUCCCUCAGGGGGAGGGACAUAACGUAUUUGCACGAGCGGGUGCGGCGGUCAGGUGUGUUAGAAGUAGGAAGAGGAGAAGAAGGAAAAGAAGUACAGCUGGAAGACUCACCACAGAUGAGAAGCGGCAGCCCGGGGGAGAUCAGACAUGACGACCCCGCGCAGAUCGGGAAGAAGCGCGGAAGUAAGGUAAAAUCUUACAUGAAAAACUUGAAGCAUAUUUUAAACAUCUCAGGCAGUAGGAUGAGCCCUAAGGGGGGGCCCAGCGCGCUUGAGGAGCAGCAGUGGCAGUUAGAGGGUGAAGAAAAAAGACUGGAUCAUUUGGGUGACCAGGAGGAGGCAUCAUGUGCGAAUGAUGAGACCAAUGGCAGAGGAAACACACAGAAGGACGUAACGAUGAUCAGGAGGUGGUUUACUCUGUUGACUUACUUUUCCUGCAAAUCUGAGCACGUCUCCAUGUUAAGAGAUUAUUUGAAUAGAAUGUUUAGAAAGCACAUUGACGAGCUGAUUAGAAAGGAGUACUUUUCCAAAACAGUACACCAGAUGACGAAUCACAUAAACAGUAAAAGUGUACACGCCCUUAUAAUGACUUACGAAAAAAAGCUCGACAAAAUGGAGGCAUAUGAUUUUAGCUACAGCUUGUUUAUUCUCCAUCGGUUUUUGGUGUUCAAUCACAGCCUGUUUAACAGAAUUAUUGAUCAUGCCAUUUGGAAUCCUGUGAUGAAAUUAAAAAGUGAGAAAAACUUAAUCCGUUUUAUAAAGAGUGUAGAUAAUUACUUGCUCAUGUAUCCGUCCAGCCCAGGGUUGAGUGGUGGUGGGUUGAGCGGCGGUGGGUUAAACUGCCCAUCGUUUAACAGCACAGACGUUUUUCAGUCCAACAUGAAUGACAUGUAUAAUUCUACCUUUUCCAUUUUUAUUAAAAAGUUGAAUAAGAAUUUGAAGUGCUACUCGCUAGAGAACUUACUCUUCUUGUCCGAGUGCUUGGGCAAGGUGAUUUUUAUGCCGAGCAUGCAGAACCAGAUUCUGCAUGUCUUCAUUAAUAAGCUUCGCUACUACAUCGAUAAUGCUUUAGAUUUGUCCACUGUGAAUAAUGAAACACUUAUUCGCCUUUUUAAGAUAAGCUCCUUCUUUUCCUUCGUCCCCGAGAUGGAGGUUUUUGUGAGCACCGCGACUAGGGGGAAUAGGAGGACACGGAGUUUUGUCAGUGGGGACAUGUAUGUCCCGUCGAAGGGCACCAUGGUGGGAGGUGCCGAAGACGUGGUCUCCCCAUCGGGAGAAGCGGAAACGAGCCCCGUGAAGGAUGGCUCGUCUCCGACGGGGAAUAAAAAAAUACUCAAGAGUAAAAAUGACGACACGUUGGAGGAGAAGAGUAAAAAAAAAAGCAUAUGCUUCAACCUGAGUGAGAAGAAAGUGAUUAAUUAUUACUAUGACAAAUCGGAGGAGUCGAACACCUUUGUGCAUCCAAGGAAUCUGCUAAAGAGGUACGACCUCCUCCAGGUGAAGGACGAUGUCUACGACGUGAACAGCUACUGCCUCAAUUACGGCCUCAAUCACGACUCGGGGAAGAAGCAUAAGAAGAACAAAUUUUUGCUCAAGAAUAUUGUGAUGCGUUUGUGCGAGCAAAUUGAUAAGAGUUUGGACGACGUGGCGAGGGAACUGGGGGGGGGAUUUCCUGAGGGCAGCGAAGCGACCGUCAAAGAGAGCGGCCCCCCCUGGAGUAGAGACAAACUGAUGGAUGAAAUAAAAUAUAUCAACGAGAAGAACGCCUAUCGUGACGGCAAAUGCCCGGAGAAUGACCCCGCCCACAAGAACAGCGAGGUGUACAAGAGGUACCUCAUUUUUUACGAUUUCAGCGUGUUAAGUGAUGUAGUCAAGUUCACUCACUUGUCCAUCAACACGAAUAAGCACACGUACGAAUUAGUCAAGUCGAUCAAGCGGAGACUGGAGGAAAUGCUUCUCUUUUACGACCUAAGUGGAGUAUCCAAGCCGGGGAGUGAGCUAAGUGUGAGUGGGUCAGGUUCAUACGGUUCCCAGAUGAAACAUAUUACCACCUUUCAGUUAUACCACUUUUAUUGUGCCUGUAAAAACUUCAGUCCUUCUUUCCUGUUCGAAUUUUUCAAUACCAUGUUGAAGCUGACUCCAAAGAUGAAUAUUAUAGACGUGGAUAAGACUAGCGAUUUGUUUAGUAAGAAAAAAAUGAACAGAAUGGAGCACCUGGAGAUCUUCGAGAGGGUGAGGGACCGUAACGUAACCAUCCCCUUUGUUGUGUCCUUGUUGAGAUCCUUGAGGAUAAUUAUUUCAUCGAAUUUGUUUCUUAUGAAUGACAUUCUUAGUGAGCAUGUGAACACCAUGGUGCAGUACUCGUACUAUGUGUUGUUAUAUUAUUAUUACAAUAAGGAUAGGAUGAAGCGUCAUCAUGUUAAGGGUGGUAGUGAUUUGCGGGAUGUGGGUGAUGAAGAAUGGCUAGCUGGGGGGGUCAGAACUGUACCUGGUAGUAAUGCUCUCUUUGGGACACAGUCUGGGGGGGAAGGAAGCUCGUGGGGAACUACCCUUGGAAACAAGGAACACGCCGAUGAUGAGGAGUACCCCAUUUGUGAGAGCGCAUCUAAGGGAGGAACUACUGGGGGAAGUGCUCCAAUAGGAGGGGAGUACGUGAAGAAUGAAUUGGAGAGUGGCCAAGUGGAGGGCGCUCAGCGUGACGAUGGUAGUGACUGUUCAAUAAUGUCGAGCGUAAUGAAGUCCACAAAGAAGGAUCGAAAAAUGUGUCCCUUUGAUAAUGUAUAUAUGGAGGACCUGUGCAACACUUACUUGUGCUUGUCCACAUCGUUAUACUUCCUAAAUAGGACGGAGGAAAAGUCUAACCCAGUGAAGCAUCUCAUUGAUCUGGAGGACAGAUUCUUGAAGUUAGUAACCAAAGUGAAGUACAUGAAGUACUUAUCGGACAAUUUAAUUUUUUUUUUAUUUAAAGCACCCUGCACGGUGAAAUUAGAGGAAGCGUUUGAUGGGAUAAUUCCAUCGUUGAAGAUACCCAACCGAAGGAGUAAAAAGACGAGCGAACUUCUCUCCUCCAUAACACAUUCACAGAAGGUGAAGAUUUUGAGUGUCCCAGCAGCGACUGCCUUUUUGCUGUGCAAAAUUAAGCUGUCCAUGUGGGGGAAUGGAGGUAAGGAGGAAGUGAAUGCCCUUCGGAUGGAGAACACGAAGAUGUUGUUUGAGAUCCUGAUCGAUGAUUACAAGUUGUUGGCAAACUGCAUCGAGCAGUUGUUCAUUAAUGGGGGUAGGGAAGUGGCCGAUGGGGGGAGGGAAGCGGUUGAUGGGCAGGAGUACUCAUCGGACAAUUCGUAUAUUUCCGAUCAGAGUACAUCCUUUGGAGGGAGACCCAGAAGGAAUUUCUCCGUGGGAGACACCCAUGAUGGAAGCAGCCAGUAUGAAAUGUCCACCCGCAAAAGAAGGACGUAUUCUUAUUUACCCUACCUUGCGUCAAAUAAGGUUGACGUGAAGCAAAAUGCCCAUUUCGAAGCCCUCAUAGGAGAUAUGUUUUUCGGUGUACACGAGGUGAAGACCUUGUAUGAACUCCAAAGCACGCUGCUAAAAACGGUUAAGUAUUUGGAGGCUGCCCAAAUCAACUUAAAGGUGAAUUAUAAAAUAACGCAGAUUCAGCAAAUACAUAAUGACGUCCUGGGUUACCUUUCAGAGUUGUCCAACGUGGUUAAGGACUGCCUGUACAUCGUCGUCCUCUCGCAGCCCUACAUGCACAAGUCACCUAAAAAGUACAUCACCAAAAAUUUGGUCAAUUACUUUAUUAACAAGUGCAAAUUUGUAAGCGACUAUAACGUGUUUGAUGAGUGCAACAGUAAAUCCUUUAACGAGCUGAAGCGCAGCAAGUACUUGGCCAACGAGCUCUGCAGGUAG